AUGAAAUAUUCAGAAUUGCAGAUACAGAAGGAUAUGCAAGAAGAUGUUCUUUGUGGCAAUGACGAAGAAUUUGUCACUGAUGGAGUGGAAGAUGAGGCAUCUAUUUUGGAACCGGAAGUGACACUAUUAGAAAACAAUGAAUUUCCUGGUGAGUCAACUUUAUCAUCUACUUCUUCAACACCUGUAUCCUUUGGGCAUAGAAAGAGUUCUGAUCAACCCAAAAUUUCAUCAUUUACUAUCAACAGUAAGAGAUCCACGAAACUUGAUAGAUGCUUGGGAUAUUUUGUGGCUGUGGAUAUGCAACCCUACAAUAUUGUGGAGAAUGAUGGUUUCAAGCAUUUGAUACAGACAAUGCAGCCUGGAUAUGUAUUGCCAUCAAGGAAAACUCUGAUAGAAGUAAUCAUCCCGAAAAUGUAUGAUACCACAAAGCUUAAGAUUAAAAGCUACAUCGAUUCCGCUUCAUAUAUAUCUUUUACUACUGAUGCCUGGACUUAUGUAGCUUCAAAACCAUUCAUUUUGCUCACUGCACAUUUGAUCAAUAAUGAUUGGGCUAUACAGAGUGCAGUUCUGAAUUGUAGAGAGAUGAGUGAGGAUCAUACUGCAGAAAAUGUUUGUGAUGCUUUAAAAGAUCUAUUACAGGAGUGGGACAUACCGGAACAAAAAGUUGUAGGAUUCACAACUGACUCUGGCGCAAAUAUAGUCAAAGCAAUAAAUCUUAUGAAAAUAAAUAGAGUCAGUUGCUUUGGACAUACCAUCAAUACACCUGUAACAAAAAUAAUGGAUUCGCCAGAUUUAGAAACGAUAAUUACGAAAAUACAAUUUGCCAGAUAA